AUGGAGAUACUCAGAGAAACCGUUGCUAGCAUAGAUGCUAUAGACGAAAAUGGUCGCACAGCAUUACACAGAGCUGUUGAAUCUAACAAUGCUAGUGUAGUUCAGGAACUCAUUGAGAGUGGGGCUAAAAUAGAUGUUCAUGACAAUAAACAAUGCACUCCUUUGCAUCUUGCAACAGAUUGGGGAUAUAUUCCGAUGAAGAAAAAUCUUAUUCAAGCAAAUGCAGAUAUAUAUAACUUUGCUACUUAUGGCAAUAUGGGUGCUCAUGAUGCAGCAUUGGGUGGGAAAUGUUAUGUCAUCACAUUUCUCUUAGAGUCUGGGUUUGAUGUAAACUGUAAAACUAAAGAAGGAAAUACAAUGCUUCAUUUAGCGGCUGCGAAAGGUCACAGAGAAUUAGUGCAACUCUUGAUCAGUAAAGGGGCAAAUGUCAAUGACAAAGGCAACAUGGGUCACACACCAUUACAUUACGCUAUUCAACCUAACACCGUUAGUGUAGUUCAGGAACUCAUUGAGAGUGGGGCUACAGUAGAUGUUCAUGACAAUAAACAAUGCACUCCUUUGCAUCUUGCAACAUAUUUAGGAUAUAUUCCGAUAAUGAAAAAUCUAAUUCAAGCAAAUGCAGAUAUAUAUAAUAUUCAUACUUAUGGCAAUAUGGGUGGUCAUGAUGCAGCAUUGGGUGGGAAAUGUGAUGUCAUCACAGUUCUGUUAAAGUCUGGGUUUGAUGCAAAUGCAGAUAUAUAUAACAUUGCUACUGAUGGCAGUAUGGGUGCUCAUGAUGCAGCAUUGGGUGGGAAAUGUGAUGUUAUCACAGCUAUGUUAGAUUCAGGGUUUGAUGUAAACUGUAAAACUAAAGAAGGAUACACAAUGCUUCAUUUAGCGGCUUUAAAAGGUCACAGAGAAUUAGUGCAACUCUUGAUCAGUAAAGGGGCAAAUGUCAAUGACAAAGGCAACAUGGGUCGCACACCAUUACAUGCAGCUGUUCAAUCCAACAAUGUUAGUGUAGUUCAGGAACUCACUGAGAUUUUGUUAGAAGGCGGGGUUCCGGGGUUUGAUGUAAACACUGUAAAACAACUAAAGAUGGCAUACAAAAAUGUCUUUCAUUUAGCGGCUUUUAAAAAAGGUGCCACAGGAGAAAUUAGUGCAAAACUUUCCUUGAAUCCAGCGAGUAAAGGGGCAAAUGUUAAUGACAAAGGCAACAUGGGUCGUACACCAUUACAUGCAGCUGUUCAAUCUAACAAUGUUAGUGUAGUUCAGGAACUCAUUGAGAGUGGGGCUACAGUAGAUGUUCAUGACAAUCAACAAUGUACUCCUUUACAUCUUGCAACAUAUUGGGGAUAUAUUCCGGUAAUGAAAAAUCUUAUUCAAGCCAAUGCAGAUAUACAUAAUAUUCAUACUUAUGGCAAUAUGGGUGGUCAUGAUGCAGCAUUGGGUGGGAAAUGUGAUGUCAUCACAGUUUUGUUAGAGUCGGGGUUUGAUGUAAACUGUAAAACUAAAGAAGGAUAUACAAUGCUUCAUUUAGCGGCUUUAAAAGGUCACAGAGAAUUAGUGCAACUCUUGAUCAGUAAAGGGGCAAAUGUCAAUGACAAAGGCAACAUGGGUCGCACACCAUUACAUUACGCUAUUCAACCUAGCAACGUUAGUGUAGUUCAGGAACUCAUUGAGAGUGGGGCUACAGUAGAUGUUCAUGAUAAUAAACAAUGCACUCCUUUGCAUCUUGCAACUGAUCGGGGAUAUAUUCCGAUGAUGAAAACUCUUAUUCAAGCAAAUGCAGAUAUAUAUAACAUUGCUACUUAUGGCAAUAUGGGUGCUCAUGAUGCAGCAUUGGGUGGGAAAUGUGAUGUUAUUACAGUUAUGUUAGAGUCGGGGUUUGAAGUAAACUGCAAAAAUAAAAUAGGUGAUACAAUGCUUCAUUUAGCGGCUUUAAAAGGUCACAGAGAAUUAGUGCAACUCUUGACCAGUAAAGGGGUAAAUGUCAAUAACAAAAGCAACAUGGGUUUCACACCAUUACAUUCAGCUGUUGAAUCUAACAAUGUUAGUGUAGUUCAGGAACUCAUUGAGAUUGGGGCUACAGUAGAUGUUCAUGACAAUAAACAAUGCACUCCUUUGCAUCUUGCAACAUAUUGGGGAUAUAUUCCGAUAAUGAAAAAUCUUAUUCAAGCAAAUGCAGAUAUAUAUAAUAUUCAUUCUUAUGGCAAUAUGGGUGGUCAUGAUGCAGCAUUGGGUGGGAAAUGUGAUGUUAUCACAGUUCUGUUAGAGUCUGGGUUUGAUGUAAACUGCAAAACUAAAGAAGGAAAUACAAUGCUUCAUUUAGCUGCUUUUAAGGGACACACAGAAUUAGUGCAAUUCUUGAUCAGUAAAGGGGCAAAUGUCAAUGACAAAGGCAACAUGGGUCGCACACCAUUACAUGCAGCUGUUCAAUCUAACAAUGUUAGUGUAGUUCAGGAACUCAUUGAGAGUGGGGCUACAGUAGAUGUCCAUGACAGUCAGCAAUGUACUCCUUUACAUCUUGCAACAUAUUUAGGAGAUAUUCCGAUAAUGAAAAAUCUUAUUCAGGCAAAUGCAGAUAUACAUAAUAUUCAUACUUAUGGCAAUAUGGGUGGUCAUGAUGCAGCAUUGGGUGGGAAAUGUGAUGUCAUCACAGUUUUGUUAGAGUCGGGGUUUGAUGUAAACUGUAAAACUAAAGAAGGACAUACAAUGCUUCAUUUAGUGGCUUUAAAAGGUCACAGAGAAUUAGUGCAACUCUUGAUCAGUAAAGGGGUAAAUGUCAAUGACAAAGGCAACAUGGGUCGCACACCAUUACAUUACGCUAUUCAACCUACCAACGUUAGUGUAGUUCAGGAACUCAUUGAGAGUGGGGCUACAGUAGAUGUUCAUGACAAUAAACAAUGCACUCCUUUGCAUCUUGCAACAUAUUUAGGAGAUAUUCCGAUAAUGAAAACUCUUAUUCAAGCAAAUGCAGAUAUAUAUAACAUUGCUACUGAUGGCAAUAUGGGUGGUCAUGAUGCAGCAUUGGAUGGGAAAUGUGAUGUUAUCACAGCUAUGUUAGAGUCGGGGUUUAAUGUAAACUGCAAAAAUAAAAUAGGUGAUACAAUGCUUCAUUUAGCGGCUUUAAAAGGUCACAGAGAAUUAGUGCAACUCUUGACCAGUAAAGGGGCAAAUGUUAAUGAAAAAAACAGCAAUGGUCGCACACCAUUACAUUCAGCUGUUCAAUCUAACAAUGUUAGUGUAGUUCAGGAACUCAUUGAGAGAGGGGCUACAGUAGAUGUUCAUGACAAUAAACAAUGCACUCCUUUGCAUCUUGCAACAUAUUGGGGAUAUAUUCCGAUAAUGAAAAAUCUUAUUCAAGCAAAUGCAGAUAUACAUAAUAUUCAUACUUAUGGCAAUAUGGGUGGUCAUGAUGCAGCAUUGGGUGGGAAAUGUGAUGUUAUCACAGUUCUGUUAGAGUCUGGGUUUGAUGUCAACUGCAAAACUAAAGAAGGAAAUACAAUGCUUCAUUUAGCUGCUUUUAAGGGACACAGAGAAUUAGUGCAACUCUUGAUCAGUAAAGGGGCAAAUGUCAAUGACAAAGGCAACAUGGGCCGCACACCAUUACAUGCAGCUAUUCAACCUAACAACGUUAGUGUAGUUCAGGAACUCAUUGAGAGUGGGGCUACAGUAGAUGUUCAUGACAAUAAACAAUGCACUCCUUUGCAUCUUGCAACAGAUCGGGGAUAUAUUCUGAUAAUGAAAACUCUUAUUCAAGCAAAUGCAGAUAUAUAUAACAUUGCUACUGAUGGCAAUAUGGGUGCUCAUGGUGCAGCAUUGGGUGGGAAAUGUGAUGUUAUCACAGUUAUGUUAGAGUCGGGGUUUGAUGUAAACUGCAAAAAUAAAGAAGGACAUACAAUGCUUCAUUUAGUGGCUUUUAAAGGUCACAGAGAAUUAGUGCAACUCUUGAUCAGUAAAGGGGCAAAUGUCAAUGACAAAAACAACAUGGGUCGCACACCAUUACAUGCAGCUGUUCAAUCUAACGAUGUUAGCAUAGUUCAGGAACUCAUUGAGAGUGGGGCUACAAUAGAUAUUCAGGACACUCAACAAUGCACUCCUUUGCAUCUUGCAGCAUUUUGGGGCUAUAUUCCAAUAAUGAAAACUUUUAUUCAAGCACAUACUGAUAUUUAUAUUACUGACAUAUGUGGUGACAUGGCUGCUCAUGUUGCAGCUAAAUAUGGAAAAAAAGAUGCUUUAGAGUAUCUUUUAGGGUUAGGGUUUGAUGUAAAAUGCAAAACUGUAAAAGGAAACACAUUGCUUAAUUUAGCCACUUCGAAAGGUCACACAGAAUUAGUGCAACUCUUGAUCAGCAAAGGAGCAAAUAUAAAUGACCAAGGCAGUUAUGGUUACACGGCAUUACAUUCAGCUGUUCAGUCUAACCAUGUUAGUUUAGUUCAAUACCUCAUUGAGCAUGGAGCUCAGGUAGAUGCUGAAAACUGUAUGCUCCAAACUCCUUUGCAUAUUGCAGCAAUGAUGGGGCAUAUGCCCGCACUGAAAACACUUAUUCAAGAAAAUGCUUAUAUUUAUAGAAUCGAUAUGUGCGCUAAUACAUGUGCUCAUGAUGCAGCCUUUAAAGGGAGAUGUGAUGUUAUAGAGAAUAUGAUAAAGUCGGGGUUAGAUGUAAACUACCCAACCAAAAUGGGAAAUACAUUGCUUCAAUUAGCAGCUUAUAAAGGUCACCUUGAAUUGGUGAAACUCUUGAACAGUAAAGGGGCAAAUGUGAAUGACGAAGAUAUAUAUGGUUAUACAGCAUUGGAUGCAGCUGAAGAAUCGAACAAUGAGAGUAUAGUUCAAUACCUCACUGAAUCUGGGGCUACGGCAGAUGAUCAUGAGAAAAAACCACCUCCUCAGCAUCUUGCAGCAUUCAGUGGAGACUUUGUAGUAUUGCAAUCACUCAAACAGGAUAAUACUGAUAUAUAUAAUUUACCAAAUAAUGGCGAUAUGGGAUCUCAUGCAGCAACUAUUCAUGGGAAAUAUGAGAUAAUUGAGUUUAUGUUAGAGUCGGGAUGUGAUGUAAACAGCAAAAAUAAAGGAGAUACAAUGCUUCAUUUAGCGGCUGCGAAAGGUCAUAGAGAAUUAGUGCAACUCUUGAUCAGUAAAGGGGCAAAUGUCAAUGACAAAAACAACAAUGGUUGCACACCAUUACAUGCAGCCGUUGCAUCUAACAAACUCAGCGUAGUUCAGGAACUCAUUGAGAGUGGGGCUAGAGUAGAUGUUCAUGAUAAUGAACAAUGCACUCCUAUGUAUCUUGCAACAAUUAAGGGAUAUAUUCCGAUAAUGAAAACCCUUGUUCAAGCAAAAGCUGAUAUAUACUACGAAAAUGAAACUUAUAAAGAUAUGGGUGAUCAUAAUGCAGCAUUGGGUGGGAAAUGUGAUGCCAUUAUUGUUCUGUUAGAGUCGGGAUUUAAUGUAAACUGUAAAACUAAAGAAGGAAAUACAAUGCUUCAUUUAGCGGCUUGGAAAGGUCACAGAGAAUUAGUGAAACUCUUGAUCAGUAAAGGGGCAAAUGUCAAUGACAAAAACAACAUUGGUUGGACAGCAUUACAUGGAGCCGUUGUAUCUAACAAAGUUAUUUUAGUUCAAGAACUCAUUGAGAGUGGGGCUACAGUAGAUGUUCAUGACAAUAAACAAUGCACUCCUUUGUAUCUUGCAACAUAUUUAGGAGAUAUUACGAUAAUGAAAACUCUUAUUCAAGCAAAUGCAGAUAUACAUAAUAUUCAUACUUCUGGCUAUAUGGGUGGUCAUGAUGCAGCAUUGGGUGGGAAAUGUGAUGUCAUCACAGUUCUCUUAGAGUCUGGGUUUGAUGUCAACUGCAAAAUAAAACUAAAGAAGGAAAUACAAUGCUUCAUUUAG